ACAAGAUAAGCGGGGGGCGCGGAAAGGGGGGAGCUCCUUUGUUUGCGUCUGGACCACCCACCCACCCUCGCCAUCAAUACGACACACGGUCGAAUGCAACCACGCGCAGGGACCUGUCUCUGUGGGGUUGUGUCCCACAUGAAAGACCUCUCACUCCUGCUCAGUCUGCGGGGUCGAAACCAUUGUGCAUUAUCACUCGGUGAGACCCUCCCCCCUCUGGCCAGGAUAGUCUCAUCCCUCCCUCAUCCUCUCUCAUCCUCUGUCAUUCCCCUCCCUCCCCCCGCAGUCGCGUCCUCUGGAUGGACUCGCCCAUCCACCGCUGCCAUCGCUGCCAUCGCUGAAGGAGUGGAGGCCUCUUCUCCAGGAAGGGAAGGAGCGUGCCAUACAGCCCGAGAAGCUCGCUCCCUCCUCUGGUUCCUUGGUCACUCCCCUUUGCCUGGCACAGUGGGCGUCUUUGGAACAAGGCCGAGGAGAUCUCCUCUACAAAGCAGUAAAAAAUAUUCUUAUUUGGGCCGUCCCUGCUGUCGCUUCUUUCCCUUCCAAUUACCCAAAAAAGUGGCACCGUAGGUUUUUCGCACGCUGUGGUAACACACACUAUCGUAUACACAUGCACCCACACUCAAUUCUCCCCAUAGCCCUUGACCACCAUGACGGACUCGGCUCUCUUUCGCCAGUCAUUGCAGUCGCAAUCGACAGCCUCGCCACCCUCCCCCCGGUUAUCUCUACCUCAUGCGCAUGCUUGCGCACAGAUGACAUGCUUCUUCCUCUUUGGGGUAAAAAAAGAAAAAGAAAAGAGGAAAGCCGUAUUGACCCACACUAUGUCAUUGAUAACGUGGCAAUGGACUCCGCCACGAAAGAAAAGAUCAAGGAAUACCCAAGAUGUUGUACCUGACUAGCAUAAAAAAAUAGAUACGCAAUAAAAAGAAAAACUUUUCGGUCGAGGCGGCUGCGGUGGGAUAUGUGCGGGCCUUGAACACUCCAACCACUCCUCCGGUC